AUGGAGCCGGGACGCCGGAGGGAACCCGCCCGCAUCGGCCCAUGCGGGACGCCGCCUGGACGGGGCGAACGAGGAGGGAGGACGCGCGGGCCGGGCCUCCCCGCACCCGCGCCGCCGGCCCGCCGUGCGCCCCGGCCGUCCCCCCGCUCCCUGCGUCGGUCCCCGCGCGGCCGGGGCCGCCGGUCCGCCCGCGGGAGGCGAAGGCGUCGCUCCCAGCCCCCGCGCGCCGCGGCAGCGUCCGCUUCGGAAACGCCGUUUUCUGCCGCGCCGCCGUCCCGGGCGCCGACCCCGCCGCCCCCCGCGUCCGCCCGCGCCCUGCGCCCCGCGCCCUCGCCGUCCCGGCCGCGGAGGGGGCGGCCCAGCCCCAAGGGCGAGGGGCGGAGUGCGCCUCCAGUGAAUAGAAUCGAGCAGUUGGUUCGCGAGCAGCUGCGGGAGGUGGAGCCGCCACGUCCCCGCGCCCGCGCGCCCCACCCCGGGACCGGCCGGGUGAUGGUCCCCCAGCCCCGUGGACCCUCCCCCGCGGACCCCCGGGUCCCAGGACAGCCGGACCCCAGUCCCGGGUCUGCCGGCCGCCUGGCUUCCUCCGGGAGAAUGACAGCAAAGGACCACGCGGAGAAGAGCCUGAGCGGGAGCAGGGCUGGGCGGCUCAUCUGUCCGGUCCUGGGCUGCAGCUGCACCUCCCCAGAUCCUUGUCUGCAGCUCUAAUUGUGGAGACAAAACCCCACAUGACUUUUACUCAAUGGACCUUCAUCGAGAGACGCAUUGUGUCAUUUGCAAAUUAUUUCUUAA